AUGCGGUUUCACAGUGUAUCGGUACUCCUCUGGGGUAUAUUACUUCAAUACACGGACGCCGUUCGACAUCAUAUACUGACCAAAAGCUGGGACGAAGCACAGGAGGACUGCCUGUCCUAUCAGCGCAUUGCUGCGAACCGGUCAGAACACUUCCGAUCCCAUCACUAUCCCGGAGAGGACAGUCUCACGAAGGAGCUUGUGUUCUGCAUUGCGCUUAACCUGCGCGCCUACGACCCGGCCCGGAACGUGGUACGUGUUGAGGUGUUGGGCAAGUUUUUCCAACCCGAUCCGGACGACGCCGACAACGUGGAGCGGACGAACGAGUGCUUGCGGACGGUCGACCAAAAGCCCCCGGCCGUCGUCGGUUGCCGGAGGUCGGAAUUCUAUUCCUCCGCCGUGGACACGGUGUUUGAGGCGUUCCGGUGCUUUUACUAUCACUUUGGAAAUCUAAAUCAAGCGGCACCGCCGCUGCCUCCGACCGACUUGGAACUGGAGCAAGUUCGUGAGGAAUGUACACGAAUCGUUUGCUUGCCGGUGGAGUUGCUUAGGGAUAGGUUGCACCUGAAAGAGCAUCCACUGUGGGACCGUUUUCGACGCUGCGUCGCUUUGCGCACAGGGUUUUCCGGGGUGGAACAUGAAGGUACGGCACAAUAUGGAACGAGGGAUGAGUAUUACCAUUCGUGA